AGGUGAGAACAUUGUGAAAGGAGAAAGGGAAUCUAUCAGAAACCUCCUUGAAAUAUUUGAUGGUUUGUUAGAGUAUCUUACAGAAGAAGUCAGUGAAUCUUCUCAGAAUGGAGAUGAGGCCAAUGUGCUAUCCAAUAAUGAAAUUCAAAUUGCAUCUCAAGAGCAGCUGGAAAGCAAUGCUGGUCAACUUAUGCAACCUUCAAUAUUCUCAUCAGUGGAAGGGUCCCAGUCAGAAUUUUUUGCUCCAUCUUGUGAUGUAGAUGGGUCAGAAUCUACCAGUGAAUUAAUUAGACUUGGAGAUACUGCUCAUUCAUUUUCCAAGAGAGAGGAAGAAUUCCAGUUACUUGAAUUGUUACCAGCAGAAGAGGACAAGGGGGUAGAAGAAUCUAAAAACGCAGAGGCUAUUGCAACAUUACCUAGACAGUUCUCUGAAACUGAAAGGGCCAUUGUAAAGGAAAAGGAAGAUGGAUCAGAGGAGUCUGUUCAUACUACUGAACCUCAAAAAGAGAGUUUGAGUGCCAGUGCUACAAAACUUGGGGAGCCUAUACAGCAAGCUAUUCCUUUGCUACCACCAUUUCAGCCUUUGGAAGGCAGACCUCAUUAUCCUGGAUGGAGAGGUUAUCAGAGCUCAGACAGCCAGUCAGCAGCUUUGGCUAACAGUGAAGGAGUGAAAAUUCCUACUCUUGAAAAGUCACUUACACAAAAAUCUGAAGAUGUUUCUGGCAGUCUUCCUCUAUUAAGGAAAAUCCCUGUGGGAGACAAGGUCGUAUCAAAUGAUGCUGAGGACAAUGUGGCAAAGGUUCCCUGGGUAUAUGGGGCUUCAUCUGUUUCCUCUUUACAUCAAAAACUCUCACUACAUGCUGAACAAGUAACACAAACUCCAGGACCUGAAUCUAGAUAUCUGCCUAGAAAGAAAAGAUGUGAAAAUUCUACCACAGAUUCACUUGAAGAGUCUCUUUCCUACAGGACAACAAAGGAAAAGCUAUCUGAGCCAGAGCUUCAUGAAGUGUCAGAAAAACUGUCUCGCAGGUUAAAUGAACUAGAUUUAAUGUUGAAGAGAGCUUUGGGUGGGCCCACCAGAGAAGAAGAGUUGACAGAUGAAGACAAUCUGUCUCAGCACAGUGACAGUGUCAUGGAUUAUCGCCGAAGGAAAGCUGAACGAGACACACCACAUCCAAGGUACCCAAGCAGGCCACGAUCCCUUUCUCCAUCCUCACCCUCAUCUCAGCAUCAACUCUUUUCAGAGUUGGAAGAUAAACUUUGCAGUAAUGGAACUGGCCAAAUAAGGAAAAUACGCAGCCAGUUGCAAAAAGAAAGGGAUGAAAGAACAAAAAAAGCAAAGAUGGUCGCUAAAGCUUAUGAAGAUGAACUAAGAAUUUAUGAAGCUAGGGAGAGGCUUAGACUUUCCAAGCUCAGAGAAGUCAUCAAGGAAAUGGAACAAGAAUACAAAGAAAACAUCUUUAAAGAACCUCCAAAAAUGCCUCAGCCAGUGAAAGUUUAUGCUAGAAAAACCACACCUCGGAAUCCCAAAUACAGCCAGUGGAUUCCAAAACGAGGGACUGUGAAGCCAAAGAAAGCAGCUCCAAUGAAAGUAAGAGAUGAUGACCUCCUAUUUCAGCUACUGGAAGAGUUUCCCCACCUACAUAUUUCUCACCAUACUAUGAAGAAAAUGUGGCAGCAGCAGCUUGCACAUGCUGAACAACUUAAGGCGGCUUCUGGCAGAACUAGACCAAAACUCCAAAAUGAUGUUCAACAAGCCCUGAAGAAGCAUGAGCUUCUUGUUGCAAUUAUUAAAAAAGAUCAAGACCAUAACAAGAGACUGCAAGAAUUUAAGCAACGUAUCUGCCGACAGAAAUGGGCUCAGAAUAAAGUGAGAGAGAAACGCCAGCAAAUUGCUCGAGCCAAGAAAUACUACGAAGAUUACCGGGUUCAGUUGCGUGCCAAGAUGAUGCGGGCUAGGACACGGGAAGAAAGGAUAUUUAAAAACUUACUUGAAGAAGGCUUAGAAAUUCAGAAGCAAAGACUGAAGGACCUGAGAGCGUAUGCUCAAGAGAAGCGUGCUGAGCAAAGGAAAGAGCAUCAAAAUGAGUUGGAGUCUAUGGAGAACUAUUACAAAGAUCAGUUUUCCAUGCUAGCAGAAGCUUUAUCUCAAGAACGCCAAGAAAUCCAAACCAGAGAAAAAGCACAAGCGCAAAUGCUACAGAAAACAAAAAGAGAAUUGAGAUCAAGAAUGGAAAAGGAAAUACAGCAACUGCAAGCAGCAAUAAUGCAAAGUGAUGAUGACACCUUUUUUCAAGAACUAGAAGCAGACAGACUGAAAUCUAGACUUCAGAUGGCUUCCUUUCAGUAUAGCAAAAGUAAUUUCUUGUAAGACUUAUGGUAAAUAUCACUGCAGCUCUCUUGGGCUACAAUGACUAAAAUCUUUUGAGAGCUGCUGUAACAGGAAGAUGGUGUGUGGCUGAUUUUGUCCAAAACAUCUGGUCUGUCAUUUUGACAUGUCAGAGGUGCAGCUGCUGGUAUCUCUACAGCAUGUUUAUGAUCACCAAUAAAGUUUUUUAAACUCUUUCUACUUUCUUAGAAAGGCUGAGACAACAUUGAGCUUCACACAAAGGAAGUGGGAUGAGGUUAUCUUAGCGGAACAGUUGAAUGCUAAGCCCUCUCUACACCUCUGCUGGUUCUUACUGAUGGAGCUGAAAAGCUACACUAACACCAUAGCCAGACGUUACUGGAGAGGAAAGCUCACAAAGAACAGGUAGACCUUUAAAAGAACAUGAGUGAUUCAAGUUUCCUUUGGAAGGACAAGUUAGAGAGCAGAUAAACCUGACGUAAAAAUCAGUAAUUUUAAUAUAUUAAGCAAGGGAGGGCUACUUAUUCUACACAAUACUAUGUUUGCAGUUUUGGUGUUGCUGGCUUGUUAAUGGCAAAGCAUACGAAGUACUAAUUCCUAUGCUACAAGUGUAUUGGAAAAAGUAGUUUGAAAUAGAAAACAAUGAAAAUUCUCUUAAAGCAGUAAAAUAGAAGCUUCUGCAAGAACUGAAACAUGGGAGUGGCCUAUGGACAGCAUUCCUAAUUAUUUUCAACAGGGGUAUACAAACAGGUUUAUGCUCUGUAGGUAUUUAAAUUGUUGGAUUUCACACAGGGUUUUCAAAACUAUGUAAGUCCAUGUGUAAACAAGCAAAGUUUUGUUUCAGUUGAUCUAUUUCAAAAAGGAGUCAUUGUAAUCCUACAGACAGACAGACAAGCAGUAACAACUGAAGUAGCUGACCCUGUUUCUGUGAGAGGCAGACUGGAUAUAAAGUUUUGCAAGGGUACUUGUAUCUAGUACCCUGUUUAGUUUUUUUUAGGGGGAAGCACAUUAGAUCUAGUUCUGUCAGUGUGAAGCUAGAGUAAACAGUGAAUAAGAAUUCCAACUUUCAGCUUUUACCUUACUUCAGGUUGUAAGCUCUGCUUCCAGGCAGAGUAGGAGCUGACACUAAGCACUACACCUCUCUCUGUAGAAUCAUCAUGUGCUAUAAAUAAUACAUUGUUUAACAGAAAAUUCAAGUUUCAGCAGCCAUGCAUUAUGGGCCCAACAAGAUGGUCUGAAUACUUAAACUGAGAACAAAUUACAUCAAACCAAGCCAAUAAUUAGCGAAGCCCAUUACCAAUAAUGUUCUCUGUUUGACAAAAAUUUGCAAU